AUGAAUAUAAAUUCCACAUAUUCUGAAUAAAGCAAGAAUGAUUAAACCCUAAAAAAUGCUAAAUUUCUAGAUAAUAAACAAGGUUAAAAUAGUCAAGCAGAUGAGAAUGAUGAGGAAUUUUAUUAAAAAAAAGAAAAAAGAAAUCGUAAGUUUUUUUUAAAGCGAUCAAUUUCUCUGUUGUAGAUCUGUAAAUAAAGUGGCAAGAUAGAAUUAUAAAUAGGAUCAGAUUUUCUCCACAUCGAAAUUAUGUAAGGAGGUCAUUACCCUCAUAAUUAAUAUAAUUUUAAAGACAUCCGUUCUGAGGUAUAUCUGGAUGAUACUGAGUUUUAAUCAUCCAACAUAACAUGUAGCUUAGAAAAUGCGUCUAAAUGCAUUGUAAAGAAAUGUCGAAAUUUGCAAUCAGAACAAAAUUGCAAAUCUUUUGCACAAAUUUAAUAAUAAUUCAAAGAAGUUAAUUCAUUCUGCAAAAAUAUUUAGAAGUAGGAUAAUAAAAAAAAUUGUCAACUUGAUUCUUAAUUAUUAGACUCCGUUUUCAUCAAGUAAAAUAAUUAGAUUGAUCAAUAAAUACAAGAAACUAAAUAAAUUUUAAAUGAAUAGCAUUUAGCUAUUAUAAAAAGUCUAUAAAGUUGA